ACUGACUGGUAGACUUGAAAGGAUUGGAAAUCACGCAGCCAACUAGACUCUACAACACUUUCAUUUUUCUUGCUGAGAUUGACACGUCUGACGGCAUUUUUUUUUCUUGAAAAGCAACAGUCAUAGUCGCUCAUCUGUCAGGUUUCUCGUCUCCACAGCGACUUCCCCUGGAUCUUUCCCUCUGUGGCUGACACUCAAGCUGCUCGGCAUCUUUUUUUUUCUACUUUUACAGUUUUACCUUUGCAGCAGGUAGCCUAUAUUCUCCAUCCAAGCCUCGCCAGCAUGUUGGACCCGUCUUCCAGCGAAGAGGAAGGGGAUGAGAUACUGGAGGUGGAGCGCAAAGAGGUGGCGGCCCCGAAGAGCCUCGGAGGAACCCGGCUGUCACCGGGCCGAGCCUCCGACGGCAACGGCGGCGGAGGGCUCCAGCCCAGGGGCCGCGGGAGCGGCGGUGGCCGACCCUCCAGCCCCAGCCCGUCGGUGGGCAGCGACAAGGAAAAAGAGGACCUGGAGAAGAUGCAGAGAGAGGAGGAGGAGAGGAAAAAGAGACUCCAGCUGUAUGUGUUUGUGAUGCGCUGCAUCGCCUAUCCGUUUAACGCAAAGCAACCUACUGACAUGGCCAGGAGGCAGCAGAAGAUCAGUAAGCAGCAGCUGCAGACAGUCAAAGAGCGUUUCCAGGCGUUCCUCAGUGGAGACACCCAGAUCGUAGCUGAUGAAGCCUUCAUCAACGCUGUCCAGAGCUACUAUGAGGUCUUCCUGAAAAGUGACCGUGUGUCCCGGAUGGUGCAGAGCGGCGGCUGCUCAGCCAGCGACUCUCGGGAGGUUUUUAAGAAGCACAUAGAGAAGCGGGUACGCAGCCUGCCUGAAAUCGACGGCCUGAGCAAAGAGACAGUGCUGAGCUCCUGGAUUGCUAAAUUUGACACCAUCUACCGAGGCGAAGAGGACCCCAGGAAGCACCAGCAGAGAAUGACGGCCAGCGCCGCCUCCGAGCUCAUCCUCAGCAAGGACCAGCUGUACGAGAUGUUCCAGCAGAUCCUGGGCAUCAAGAAGUUUGAGCACCAACUCCUCUAUAACGCCUGCCAGCUGGACAACCCAGAUGAGCAGGCAGCUCAGAUAAGGAGAGAGCUGGACGGACGACUGCAAAUGGCAGACCAAAUAGCUCGGCACGGUGGAAGAUUUCCCAGGUUUGCAUCCAGAGAGAUGGAGGCCAUGUUCAUUGAGGAGCUGCGAUCCUCUGUCAACCUGCUGAUGGCCAACCUGGAGAGCAUGCCGGUGUCCAAGGGAGGAGAGUUCAAGCUACAGAAGCUUAAACGAGGUCACAACACCUCCAUUAUGGACAUGGGUCAGGAGGACGAGAACACGCUGUCGAAAUCUGACGUGGUGCUCUCCUUCACCCUGGAGGUUGUGAUCAUGGAGGUUCAGGGUCUGAAGUCAUUGGCUCCAAACAGGAUUGUUUACUGCACCAUGGAGGUGGAGGGAGGACAUAAACUGCAAACGGACCAGGCUGAGGCCUCUAAACCCACUUGGGGUACCCAGGGUGACUUCACCACCACCCAGCCAUUACCUGCUGUGAAGGUGAAGCUGUUUACUGAGAGCACAGGAGUGCUGGCUCUGGAAGAUAAGGAGCUGGGGAAGGUUGUGCUCCACCCGACUCCAAACAGUCCCAAGCAGUCUGAACUCCACAAGAUGACAGUGUCUAAAGGCUGUCCAGACAAUGACCUCAGGAUCAAACUGGCCAUUCGCAUGGACAAACCACAGAACAUGAAGCAUUGUGGGUACCUCUGGGCCAUUGGCAAGAACGUGUGGAAAAGAUGGAAGAAAAGAUUCUUUGUGCUGGUUCAGGUGAGUCAGUACACCUUUGCCAUGUGCAGCUACAGAGAGAAGAAGGCUGAGCCUGUGGAGCUCCUGCAACUGGAUGGCUACACUGUGGACUACACUGACCCCCAGCCAGGUCUAGACGGCGGUCGGACGUUCUUCAACGCUGUGAAAGAGGGCGACACUGUGAUUUUUGCUAGUGAUGAUGAGCAGGACCGGAUCCUAUGGGUACAGGCCAUGUACCGAGCUACCGGCCAGUCACACAAGCCAGUUCCUCCCACCCAGGUCCAGAAACUCAACUCGAGAGGGGGCACAGCACCACAGCUCGAUGCACCCAUAUCUCAGUUUUAUGCUGAUCGAGCCCAGAAGCAUGGCAUGGAUGAGUUUAUUUCAGCCAACCCCUGUAACUUUGACCAUGGCUCGCUGUUUGAGCUUGUACAGCGCCUCACUCUGGACCACAGACUCAACGACUCCUACUCCUGCCUGGGCUGGUUCAGUCCUGGUCAGGUGUUUGUCUUAGACGAGUACUGCGCUCGAUAUGGCGUUCGAGGCUGCCAUCGGCAUUUGUGUUACCUGAGCGAUCUGCUGGAGAGGGCAGAGAACGGAGCCAUGAUCGACCCCACCCUGCUACACUACAGCUUUGCCUUCUGUGCCUCCCACGUCCAUGGAAACAGUCAGCGUGUGUCUGAGUUGUUAAACUGGCCAGUAUGUGAGGCCGAACUUGAACGAGCCCUGUUCCCCUCUUCCCCUGACCUCCCUGCCCAAACUGCUAAGAGAGAACUCAAAAUCAUUGAGUUCAUGAAGAAAAAGGAAUUCAGGUCCCCACUUUUCUCAGGAACUAGAAGGCCUGAUGGUAUUGGCACAGUGACUGUGGAAGAGAAGGAGCGCUUUGAGGAGAUCAAGGAGAGGCUUCGGGUGCUUCUGGAGAACCAGAUUACACACUUCAGGUACUGCUUUCCAUUUGGACGGCCAGAGGGAGCGCUGAAAGCAACUCUGUCCUUGCUUGAAAGGGUUCUCAUGAAAGAUAUUGUCACUCCGGUUCCACAAGAGGAAGUCAAGGCUGUGAUCCGUAAGUGUCUGGAGCAGGCAGCUCUGGUCAACUACCAACGUUUGUCAGAGUACGCAAAACUGGAGGGGAAAAAGAGAGAGAUGUAUGAGCAUCCUGUCUUCUGCUUGGCGUCUCAAGUCAUGGAUUUAACCAUUCAGAAUGUAGGGCGGUUAGUCACCCCGGCUAAAAAACUGGAAGACACUAUUCGCCUGGCCGAGCUGGUGAUUGAGGUGCUUCAGCAGAACGAGGAACACCAUGCUGAGGCCUUUGCAUGGUGGUCAGACCUGAUGGUGGAGCAUGCUGAGACCUUCCUGUGUCUCUACUCGGCCGACAUGGACGCAGCUCUUGAAGUUCAGCCGCCUGACAGCUGGGACAGUUUCCCUCUCUUCCAGCUGCUCAACGACUUCCUGAGAAUGGACUAUAACCUGUGCAAUGGGAAGUUCCACAAACACCUGCAGGACCUGUAUGCUCCCCUGGUGGUGCGAUACGUGGACCUGAUGGAGUCCUCCAUUGCUCAGUCCAUUCACAGAGGCUUUGAAAGAGAAUCCUGGGAACCUGUCAAUAAUGGCUCAGGGACGUCAGAGGAUCUCUUCUGGAAGCUGGAUGCUCUGCAGACCUUCAUCAGAGAUCUCCACUGGCCAGAAGAGGAGUUUGGCAAACACCUGGAGACCCGACUGAAGCUGAUGUCCAGUGACAUGAUUGAAUCAUGUGUAAAACGGACACGAGCAGCGUUUGAAGCCAAGCUUCAGAAGAGCAGCCGGGCCACAGACUUCCGCGUGCCACAGUCCAUCUGCACCAUGUUCAAUGUCAUGGUGGAUGCCAAAGCCCAAUCAGCCAAGCUGUGUGCCAUGGACCUAGGGCAGGAGAGACAAUACCAUUCCCAAAUUGACAACCUAAUUGAAGAGACGGUGAAGGAGAUGAUAACUCUGCUAGUAGCUAAGUUUGUGGUCAUCCUCGAGAGUGUGUUAGCCAAGCUCUCCAGAUAUGAUGAGGGAACACUCUUCUCUUCCUUCCUAUCUUUCACAGUGAAAGCUGCCUCAAAGUAUGUGGAUGUACCUAAGCCAGGGAUGGAUGUUGCUGACGGUUAUGUGACGUUUGUUCGUCACUCCCAGGACAUGCUGCGGGAGAAGGUCAAUGAGGAGGUGUACACAGAGAGAUUAUUUGAUCAAUGGUACACCAGCACCAUGAACCUUCUGGGAACAUGGCUCACUGACCGUAUGGACCUGCAGCUCCACGUUUAUCAACUGAAGAUUCUCAUCAGGAUUGUCAAGAAAAAGUACCGUGACUUCCGUCUUCAAGGGGUGCUGGACUCCACGUUAAACAGUAAGAUGUAUGAGACAGUGAGAAAUCGGCUGACCUUGGAAGAAGCCACUGCCUCAGUGAGGGAAGGAGGGAUGCAAGGCAUUUCCAUGAAGGACAGUGAUGAAGAGGACAAUGAUAACUAGAUACAAGGGGCCUGAAAACUACAAGAAUGUCAACGCUUUUCAGAGGGUGAGCGGUAUACUGCCUGAGAACCCAUGCAGCCUUUCCAUGAGGUCAAAACAGAUUGGCCUAACAUCAAACUUUUUCCUUCCGUUAUUUGCUGUUUCAGUUUGUCAUCCCUGUAAUAGUUCCACAUUUCUGUCUGAAUUGAUACAAGAGGAAAAUGCAUUUUGUGUCUGUGAACACUUGCAAUACGCAAGACUGUCCUAUCAAUGCUUUUCAUUUCAAAAUUCCCCAUGUAGGCUCAUUCAGCUCAAAACUAAAACUGAAAUGUGAGCAAAUGACUCUGCAAAAUAUCGCAGAAGCCAAAAUGGGACAUUAGUGUCCAGCAGGCACAAAUGUGAGCGUGAAAUUCAUGCAAAGCAGCCUUAUAAAUAAGGCUAUCAAGACAGGCAGGUGAUUGCAUGUAUAUGGAGUUCAUCUUUUAAAGACAUGAAAAAUAUUGUUGUACCUUCAUGCUGUGCAACCCAAAAUGACUACAGUCUUUGUACGGGAGCUUUGCUGUUGCUCGUCACUGACACUGAAAAGUACAUAGAGCACUCUCUUUACUUUAGGCAGUUCUGCUAAAGAAGAACUUAGGACACACUCAAAGGAUCCAGACCACCAUGCUGUGGUUCCAAGUGAAAUUAAUACAGUUUUUUUAAGCCUGCCAACAAUUGCAUGAUGAACUUUUCACUGUUGAAGUCGUAUUGAUCCAAACGGCACUAGGACUGAUGGUUACUUGUUGGUUUAAGGUCAGAUGAAGCAGUCCAAAACAACAGAGUCAGAACUAAAACAAAUAUUUAAUAAAUAUUUCCAAAACUUCCCCUGAAUGUUCUCAAGCAAUAUGGAUGACUAUUUUGUUCUCAACCUUGUGAACAAGGCUCUACAUUUCUUUGUGUAGUACUAAAAAAAGUGCAGUGAGUAAAGUUACUUUAUGUAGCAUUGUUGUUAAGGGUGUGAAUAUGGGCUCAUAUUACUUUGUUUUUGGUAAUGAGUUUGUAUCAUGUCUAAACCAUAAAAUCUAAACAAAAUGUUUAAAUUGAUGUGCUGUGAUAUGAUGUGACAGUAACGUCACGUAACAUUUGUCUGUUCUCAGCCAGCUUCUCAAAGCCUAUCUAAUGUCUCUCUAAUGGUCGCAACAACCGUCAGACAGCAAAUAAAAUCCAAGGCACCAUCAACAGUUAAGUCUAUGGGUGCAAAAACUGAGUAAUUUUAGUAAAUUUGUGACAAGAAUGAGAACAUCAUUCAGCCAAUGUUUAGCUCUCAAGGAAGCAUUCUGUAAUUUUGAAAGUCCCAGUUUUUGCCCUCUUACCUAAUGUCAUAUGAGAAGGUCAUUAUCAAUGUCAUCUCUCACCUCUUUGAUUGAGAUCAAUACAGUCUAAAUAAGUCUAAGUGUUAGCCUGAGUGGAGCAUAAGCGCUGGAUGGAUGUUGAAUGAUCGCACAUUUUUUUAACCAAAGUUGGGUAUUAGAGUGGGGUUCAGGCAUCUAACAUCUUAAGCCAACCUGAGCCUGAGGGACCAAUAACCAAGCCCGACCCAAACCUGACACGUAUUUUGUUUUUUAUGUUUAAACCCAGCCCGAGCCCGAUGCAGUAAAUGUGACAUUACUGAACCUCAAAAUCCAACCAUCACAGUUUAUUUGAUGUCAUCAUGGAGGAAGAGGACUUAGGACCUAGCAUUCACUGUGGAUUGAGCACUGUUCUCUGCAAUCUCUGCAGUAAGGAAUUUUUGUGCCAUUCAAAGUAAUUUAAGCCUGUAAUAUCACUUUAAUGCAAAUAAUUUAGUAGCGAACCCAGAGGUCCGAACUAGCACAGCCACUGAUGCUAGCAGUCAGCCUUGUCAAGCCACACUUGAUGAGGUGUUCAGAGGCAAAGUAGUAGAAGUAGCGCAACGCAGACAGCCGGUCCGUCACUUUUAGGCUGAACCCGACCCAAACCUAAACAUUAUUUUAUCCAAACUGGGCCCGACCCGUUGGGUCCCAUCGGGUUCAGGUCAGGUAUCCACACUCUAAUGGGUUAGUCUUUUGAAACACCUUAAAUACUAACUAAGCUGUCUUUGUCACUGGUCUUGAUCUUCUGCUCUGACUCACAGUAAGACAACAAACAAAAUGUUAAAUGUUCUUUUAACAAUCACUCUAACCACAAUAUGGCCACAUUGCAGUUCUGCACUGAAAAAUAUAUGAGACAAAGAAUUAACUCUGUGCAACUUGCUGAUGUUUAUUUGUAAAACAAGCUCCCAAGUGCACAGACAUGACAUGGACACUUCAAAAAUUGAUAUAUAAUAUAAUGGUAGUGCAGCUGCAGCAAACGCUCAACACAAUAGAGUCAGUCUACGAGCUCUCUGCAUACUGACUUUGAUAGACGACAUCUCUCCUCAGUUGUUUUAGUUUGAAUACAUUCAGUUGCCAGUCACCAGGCCAUGAGGUCAAUAAAAUAAUACAAGAAAUCAUCUUCUGGAGAGCAGGACUACCCACAGCAAAUUUCACAGCAGAUAUUUGGGUAUUGGGCAGUUGGAUGAUUUACUGACAUUGCCAUCCCUAGGACUGACAUCUUUAUUAAAAAAAAAUAAAUAAAUAACUAAUGUAACAUUAACAUGUCAGUAACUUAAGAUUAAUCUGCAUAAUUGUGACAAGUAGGUAAUAAGUCAUUUUGAAACAAGCAGCUAAAUGAAACACAUGCUCAGCUUGUUAACCUGUAGCACAUUUGCAUGAGAUGUGAAAUUGUGCACACAAAAUAAAGUGAAGGCACGCAUUUAUCAAAAAGUUUAAAAAAAAAGAAAAAAAAUGUAAAACACGUUUGGGAAAUGAUGUUUGUUGUGUGCGGUGAAAUUGAAAGAUAGGAUUUGAAAUUAAAGAGGAUGGGAGGUGUGUCUCUGUUACAAUAUCAUCCAAUGGCUUCAAUAUAAUCACUUAUGGUCUCGAACUAUACAUUUGACUCCACUACCACUUUGUGUAAAUGCUAAAAGUUCUUCCAUCGGAGAGUGAGAAAGCUGCAUGUGUCCUUUACAAAGAAAGUGAGGCUGUGUUACUAAUACUCUGUGUCAAACUGCCUACAUAUGAGUCUAUUGGUGACAACACAAGCUGUAUGUUGUUGGAGUAAACACUGACUGCUUGUGGUCUCACAGCGUUGAUACUUUGAUUUCCACAUCAACCUAACACCUCUGACUUUUCCUUUAUUUUGUUUGAUAGAUGAGUUAGCAAGGCAAUACACAUAUCGUUUGGUUUUAAACACACUAAUAGCCUGUUUUCAACCUUUUUCACAUUUUCAAUUUUAGUAAAACAAAAGCUCUAUUUUAGUCUAAUAUCAUUUGAAUAAUGGAGUUGAUUUGCCAUCUAUUAUAUAUGUUCUUAUAUGUGCCCUGUGCUUCAAUCCUGGAUGUAUGGUGGGGCUAAUCUACAUUUUUAUAAUGGAUGAUGGGAGGUGACGUCUGUCUGUUCUUUCCCUCUGUCAACUGUUUUCUAUACUGUACACCUAGAGCUGUGUGUCACCCUGUGUGCAAGUACAGUAUACUGCAUGUCCCCAGUAUUCACUCCCUUAAGUGUUUUUGCUCCGUAUGUGAAGUUACCGGUGGGUUCGUCAUGCUUCUGCCUUCUAGAAGAGCCCACCAAGGCCAAGAACAUUUAAAUAAAGUGAAUGGCAAA